AUGGGUUAUCAAACCUUAGAUGUUGCUCUAUCCUUUCCCAACAAAAAUAAUCUUGUUCCCGUUAAGACAUCGAUACUAAUAACAGACACUCUACUCUCCCAAGGAAAUUUUUUAAUCCACCAUUUUAUUGUAAAUCAAAUCAAAUCUAACAAACAUGUAGUCUUAGUAGGAAUAUCCCAGAUUCUUAAUCACUAUUUGAGCAUUGAAAGAAAAUUGGGUGUAAACCUGACACUUGCAGUCCAAAAAGGUAUUCUCUCCUUUGUAGACGGUUUAACGUCUUUACAUUCGCCUGCGAAUGCAACCGCCUCGACCGCAAUUUCCCCACCUCCAGCCGCUGUACUAUCUACCUCCGCUUCUGAAAGCACCUUGAAUAGUUCAAAUAACGACACGACUUCGCUUUACAUGAAGGAAACCCUGCAAAAUUUUUACUCUAACAUAAAAAAUAUUGUAGUAACGCGUCAUUCAUCCCAGGACUCAAAUGUUUUGUUGAUCUUUGAUGAUUUAAGUGCGCUGGCUUAUUCAGGCUUUCAAGUAAAAGAUAUUUUGGAAUUUUGGAGAGCCUGUCGAGUAUUGGUCGAAAAGUAUGAUGGAACAAUACUUACCCUAAUUCACGCCGAUGAUGACAUAAUAGAGUCUUCGAAUGGCAGUCGCGUAGAUUUAGAUCAAGAAAUUUUUGUAAAAUCAUUAAUAUAUCAAUCUGAAUUUUUGCUUUCCGUGCGUGGAUUAGGAACUGGAUUUAGUAGGGAUGUUUCUGGUGAGAUUACUAUAGCCCGCGGCCCGGGAAACGCAGAAAAAUGGUUUAGACCUUCUACGCUGCACUAUAAAAUCUUGGAUAACAAUGUUCAAUUCUUUGCUAAAGGAUUUUCACAAGGCGUGCUAUAA